AUGGCGCAAGUUACGUCUUCCUCAAUGCCUCAGGGUGAGCGCGAAACGUCCUUUCUCUCCUUUGACGACGUGCCCAACUCGCCUAAUCCACCGCAGCUCAACGAUACAUACGCAGCGCGAUCAUCUUUGAACAAAGAAGGUCAACACCUCGAUCCCGCUUCUCCCGAACGAGCACCAGUUCCGUCAGGCUCGAAUCACACCUCUCCUUUUAAAGGGUCUCGCCUCUCGCGGCUUAGGCCGUCCAGUGCCAAGGAUCUUGCCGCAGCAGCUUUUGCUGAUGCCAGCGAGGCUUCCAAUCGUUCCGAGUCGCUCCACUCGUCUCCUCCACGAGCUCCCGCCAAGCAACCCUCUUCCCGUGGUAGUCGUCUGGGUGCUCUCUUGGGCAGGUCGUUGCCGAACAACGCAGCUAAUCACACCAGAACCACCUCGUCAUCCACGAACCACACUGAUGGCGCUUCUUCUAACGACUCGGGCUUCUUUGGAAGGCGCAACCGCUCAAAGCCUUUGACUGCGAAUGAAGACAUCGACGAAGCCGAGGAUGCUGGGGCAAAUGCGUCAUCUUCUUCCAGUGCCGCCACACUCUCAACUACAUACGCACGACCCGACGCCGUAAGAUCUGCCAGUGCCAUGGGUAUGCUCGACUUCAAAGCAGAUCCCGGCAGAUCAGACGGCAACAGCCUGAACAGCGACUUCAUGACCAGCAACGCUCGACCAGCAAGACCGUCGUCUCAAUCCAAUCUACUGGAAUCUUUCGCUGCCUCUUCCAACAGAGAUUCCACCCUCGGGCCUCCUACGCAACAGACCCGCGGAGGGCGACUGGGUCGUCUCGCGUACAAAAAGGACGACUCGAUAGCAUUCAUCGCCCAAUCCCGCAAUGCUUCGCAACGAAUGGCACCAAAUACACGCAAUAGCAGCUUGCCAGAAUCAGAACAUCAGCAGCAUCAUUCCAACGGGUCCUCUCAACCCUUGUCGUAUAGCGCCACUCGCGGCCUUGGCAUCGAGGAUGUGGAACCGUACAGCGCUUCAAGCUGGAGUCGUCACCAUGAAGGGGCAGAGCACGCCAGCGGAACAGAGACGAGUGUGGGGAUUGCUUCAACUCGAGCCGAGUCUCGAGCCACUGCAACCUCCAGUAACACAUCGUCGCGAGCGCCUUCAGUGGCCGGCACGCACGCAGCUAACUAUCACAACCGCUUCAGCCGGCAGCUUUCGCAAGAGCUCGCAGGCGACCCUUCUCAGGCUUCAGAGCCUCGAGCCACACCAUCGUACCCCGAGGCAUCGCUAGCUAUGGCAGAGGUAUCGCGCACCUCGUACGAAAGGAGCACCAACUCACCUCGUGGCACCUUGUCCGAUGCCGCGAUUGCCGCCCUCGGCGCCAUGCCAGGCGCAUCAGCCGGCUCGCUUCUCAACGCCAACGGCGCUCCCUUUAGCAGCAAAAACAUCCUCACCAUCGCCCUUCAAAAAGCGCAGAAUGCUGUGCAGCUCGACAGUGCUAACAAUGUGCCCGAGGCCAUCGCCGCUUACAAGCAGGCAGUACGCUUGCUCGAGGAGGUCAUGGAACGCAUCGCACCUCGCAACGGCAAGCGCUCGCGCCCGAGCAGAGAGGAAGAGCGAAGACGACUCAGAGUUAUUCACGACACGUAUGCCGAUCGUAUCCGUCUGCUCUCGAUGAUCUAUUCGCCAGAUCUGGACACCAACGACGAAAGCGGCGAGACAAGCUUCGGCAGCAAUCAGCCACGGACAUCCGCCAAAGCAGACUGGCUGGACCGCGUGCGCGAUGACAGUCAGGAGGAUCCGACACCGAGGAUGAACGACGAGUAUCUUGACCCCAACGUGCUGCAGCGCUCGCCUAGAGACGAUUCUCAGAGCUUCCUAUCCAUGACGCCUGUGGGCACGGUAUUUCAAGCGACCUCGCCUCAGCCGGCUGCUGAAACUUCGCGAUCGUCAACGUCGCAGCAUCCGUUCCCCAAAUCACCGCCGAUGCCGAACGCGCCGCUGUCACCGCUAUCGCCUGCCUUGAACACGUCCCCUCGUCGGCGCGUCCGCGAGCACGCACGGCCGAGCUCGAGAGAGUCGCGUGGGAGUCGCGUCUCCAUGUCCCUCUCGAUCGCCGACGAGCAAGAAGCGCAAGAUUAUCGUCUCCCGCCUCCGGUGAUUGCGGAAGAAACACCGCGCGUCUCGGUUGAAGUAUCCACACCUCAUGCCCCGGAGAAGACAAGACUCCCCUCGCCAGCAAAGCAAAGUCUACGCGACGGAGUGAAACAGGCACGUGAGGUGGAUGGGCUUGCGCAACAGCACAGCAGGUCCGACUCGGAUAGCUCGCACAGGAGCUCUGCCACCGCAUCGCGUCUCAAACCGACGUCCACUUUGCCGCUUCGCACGCUUGGCUUGGAAGAAGAGGUGCGUACGCCGGCGACACCCUACUUUGACGCUCUUGCCGAAGGUCGUGCUUCGCAGGAACGCGCUUCGGAUGGCCUGAGCGCUACUGACGCAAAAGCGCGCCAACCCAAGCUUUCUUUGACUUCAACAUCGACAGCCAAAGCGAGUUCGGGUCCUGAGGCUUCUGUGGCCGAACGUACUUUAGAAAGGCCAGCCAAGAUGGGGUUGGCGCAGCGUGCUCGCGCUCUCAGCUUCAAGGGGCCUUUGCUGCGUCAGAAGGCGUCGAUGCCGUCCCUGGGUGAUCGCAAGAGGGAUGAUGCUAGUGGAGCUAAUGGUGCAUCUGUACCCGCUGUACCGCUCUACCGACCUGUCUCCGCUGAGUCGGCCGCUGUCGACCCGUCGCUGGUCUCGGCGGCAGGGACACGCACCGACCACCCUACGCCUUGGGACAUGGAGACGAGCUCGAAUAUCACCGUGCGCCCUGCCGUGAGCCGUCCGCGCGCAUCAACAGCUUCGGCGCUAGUCAGCGCGUCCACUUCCGCGGGCACAAUCAGCCAGCGUCGCAAGACGUCCCAGGCCGGGGAGAAGGCUGUUCAGGGACUGUCUGGAGAGCUAGAAGAGCUAGGAUGGAUGGAAGAUAGCAGUCGUGGCAGUUCGAGCAUCGGAGUGAUGGGCAGGCCGCGGUCGACGUCGCAGCAGGGGAUGCGGAGGCCGUCGAUUCCUGCGGCAUUUCUAUCGGCCAUUGCCGGUGCUUCUGGUGGUGUGCUUUCCGGAAGCGGGACUCCAAAUGGUGAGCAUUUGCCGCCGCCCGUGCCGGACCUUGCGAGGACGCUGUCUGCGCUCGAUCUGAAGAAGUCGAGCGAUGCACACGGGGUUGGCAAGACUGGUGGUGCGGAUACGAGUCUUGCUACGGCUGAGGGGGAUUUGUCUAUCUCGACGCUGGCUAUGCCGUUGCCUCGACCGGCGCUGGAUGAGUUCAGUGCGGAGGAUUCUCGCUAUAGUGUUGCUGCAGAGAACACGUUCCUCAUCACCGACAUUUUCCCGUCCGGUCUGCCGUCCCUCGCCGCAGGUGCACCGUCGUACGCCUCGACGACCUUGGCCGCCACCCCGCUGUCAUCGUCCCUCCCCGCACCACCGGCACACCAGCUGCUGCGACCCUUCUACGUGAUGGAGCAGCUUCGGCUCUCGAUUGUCUCGGGGGCACAGGUGACGGAGCGGCUGUACCUGUCCCGCAGCGUGUGGCGGCAGGCGGGGGUGAAGUUGGCGUCAGUCGACACGAAGGUUCGGGCAAUCGAGGCGUUGGUGGGUGGGCUGGAGGCUGUGGAGCGUGGGGGGGAGGCGCUGUUAAUGCCGUUGGGGAGUGGCGGUGGGUUGGAGACGUCGAAUGCGAGCCGGUUCGUAAGGUGUUUGGAUGAGUGGGAGGUGUUGCUGGUGGAGGUGCAGGCGAGUUUGAGUCGGAAGUUGGCGGUUGUUGAGGGCGGGUUGGGUAGGGACGGUGCGGGCGGGGUGGCGAAGAACAAGGCGUUUGGCGGGUUGGGGAGCCGCUUUACGAGGGGCUUGGAUCGCAUGGCGGCGGGAGUCGGGCAGACGAAAGCGCUCGACUCGGUAUCCAUCUCGGGAUACGUCGAGGCGCUCCAGCGGCUGUUCAAGAGGUCCGGCGUGCUCGCGACGCAUCUCAGGUGGAUCCUGGCUGCCGAUGGAUCGAUCCCUGCUUCCAGUGUACACGCUGCACAAGCGCUGACGGCGCACGGCGCCCCGUUGGUCUCGCCUACGGGUGUAGGCACGGUGUUUGCGGACCGCACGGCGUACUAUGCUCUGCCGGCGGCGUUGCGGGCGGGCUUGCUGCAACGCUUGAAAAAGUCGUCCGAGUUUAUGGGCAGGAUCGUGCUGACGUUUGUCAUGCAAGAUAUCGGCGUCUUGGUCGAGAGGAGUGUUAAGAAGGGCAGCGGAUUUUUCGAGUAA